CCCGACGAGGCGGACGAGGCGGUUCGGGGCACCUGCGAGGACGCGUCCGUCUGCAAGCGGUUUGCUGUAAGUGUUGGCUACUGGAAGGACCCUUACAUCCAGUAUUUUGUGAGGCAAGCCAAAGAAAGAAAAGCACCUGAAAUCAAUAGAGGCUAUUAUGCUCGUGUUCAUGGUGUCGGUCACCUGCUUAAGGCUUUUCUAAAGAAGACAGAAUGCAACUGUCAGAUUGUUAAUCUUGGUGCUGGCAUGGAUACCCUGUUCUGGAGACUGAAGGAUGAAAAUCUUCUCCCUAAAAAAUAUUUUGAAGUGGAUUUUCCAAUGAUAGUUGCAAGAAAAAUACAUAAUAUCAAAUCAAAACCUCCCCUGUCAAAACCAAUUAUGGAAUCCCAUUCAGGGGAGUCUCUUCUAAUAGAUUCUCACAGCCUGGACUCCACUCGAUACUCCAUAAUAGGAGGAGACCUCCGUUUCUCGACAGAUCUGGAGGAAAAGCUAAAGAAGCAUAACCUGGAUAUACAAUUGCCAACGCUCCUGAUAGCAGAAUGUGUGCUGGUAUACAUGACACCACAGCAAUCUGCAAAUCUUCUGAAAUGGGCAUCGAGCACUUUUCCGAUGGCUAUGUUUAUAAAUUAUGAGCAGGUGAAUAUGGCAGAUCGGUUUGGACAGAUCAUGAUUGAGAACCUGCAGAGGAGACAGUGUAACCUGGCCGGAGUGGAGGUCUGCAGGUCCCUGGACUCUCAGAGGGAGCGGUUGCUGUUAAAUGGCUGGGAAACUGCACAUGCCAUUGAUAUGAUGAAAGUGUACAGCUUUUUGCCACAGGCUGAUGUGAAAAGAAUAGAAGGACUUGAAUUCCUGGAUGAGAAGGAGCUCUUUGAACAACUAAUGCAGCACUACUGCAUCUGCUGGGCUUCAAAAGACAGCAGCAAUCUGGGCCUUGCAAGCAUCACGUUUUGAUGGAUUUGCUUGGGAGAA